AUGGACCAAGACAGCAAUUCUGAGGACGAGUCUGUGGGACCACCGGAGGAUCCUUUAGAAGAUUCGCCACCAUGUCUUCCUCCAGGACUUUCUGAUGGAGAAGCAAUAGAGCUGCUUUGGCAGUAUCGAGCCCAGCGUCGCCAAUCAUCACCUGAACUACCAGAGACAGUCACUCGUCUCACUUCUCCUGACGGCAGCCUCCUCUACCUGGUGGGCACCGCCCACUUUAGCGACAGCAGCAAAAAGGACGUUGCGACGACGAUCCGUGCUGUGCAACCCGAUGUGGUUGUGGUGGAGUUGUGCCAGUACAGGGUGUCCAUGUUGAAGAUGGACGAGAGCACGUUGCUGAAGGAAGCCAAAGAGAUCAACCUUGAGAAGGUCCAACAGGCCAUCAAACAGAACGGUGUUAUGUCCGGCCUGAUGCAAAUUCUCCUGCUUAAAGUUUCCGCUCACAUCACCGAGCAGCUCGGCAUGGCUCCCGGGGGGGAGUUCAGGGAAGCUUUCAAAGAGGCUGGGCGUGUGCCCUUCUGCAAGUUUCAUUUGGGGGACAGACCCAUCCCUGUGACGUUCAAGAGGGCCAUUGCCGCUCUUAGUGUGUGGCAGAAGGCCCGGCUUGCUUGGGGGCUUUGCUUCCUUUCGGACCCGAUCAGUAAAGAAGACGUGGAGAAAUGCAAACAGAAAGACCUGCUGGAACAGACCAUGUCAGAGAUGAUAGGAGAGUUUCCAGCGCUUCACCAAACCAUCGUGGCGGAGAGAGACAUCUACCUCACGCACACACUGCGCCAGGCGACACGCUGUGUGGAGGCGCCACCUAACGCCCAGAAAGUGCCUGCUGUUGUAGUGGGAGUCGUUGGAAUGGGUCACGUCCCCGGCAUCGAAAGAAACUGGGAUCGGCAUCUCAACAUUAGUGAAAUUAUGAGCGUCGCCCCUCCGUCACAGUUCGGCUGGGUUUUUGUACUCAAAGGCGUCAUGCUUGGAAUGCUGGGAUACGCCUGCUAUCGCGCCGGAGGGACUUUAAUGGGAGCGCUGCUGUCUUCGACCGCCAUCCGCUCGUUCGUGGACAACCUGCGACCCAAGCGCGCGCAGGUCAGCUGA